UUUCUUGUGAACAUCGUUGUUUCCUCGUGGAAGAAGCUAGCAGCUGAAUAGCUAACUAGUUACCAGUCAACUUAAAAUGUCGAAACAACAGUCGUUUCAUGUGUUUUUAAAUGAGCGCUUAACUUCGGCUGCUGUGGAGAUUUUCGGGGAAGUUGAGAAAACGGUAGUGAAAUACCAGGAGGAGAAUGAUCGGCUACGGAGACUGCUGGAGAUCACAUCAGAGGUUCAACUAUGUAGAACAGACUCCCUGCAGUUCUCUCUUUCUCUCUCUGAAGAGGAAGUUCCCCCUGAGCAGCAGCACUGUGAGCAGGAGUGGAGCCCCAGUCUGGGGCAGGAGGACCCAGAGCCCACACAGAUUAAAGAGGAACAGGAGGAAGUCAGGACCAGUCAGGAGGAAGAGCAGCUUCAAGGGCUCUUUGAUACCAAAGACUCCAUAUUCACUCCUUCCUGUGUGAAAAGUGAAUGUGAUCUGGAGGACCCACUUUGGUCCUUGACUCUUCCCCAAACCCGGACUGUGGAGAACAGAGAGAGUGACUCUAAACCAGUGGAUCUGAAACCUUUUGUCACUGUGACCCACAUUAAGGGUCUCAACAUUCCCUGUGACCCUCCAGAUAAUCAAAACAAUGCCUCCAGCCACAGCUCAGCUGUAAGCAGCGACACAGUAGGACUUGACAGCAGCCCACCAUUGGAUCCAAGCCCACCAUUGGAUCCAAGCCCACCAUUGGAGAAACACUGUUCCAAACCCAGCACCACAGCUAGAAAAACUCAUCACUGCCGUGACUGUGGAGAAACGUUUGCUCUGAAAGCUGAUCUGCAGAGACAUGUGACUCUCAGCAAGAAGAGACCCAGUGAAUGUAGAUUCUGCAAGAAACGCUACAAUUCCACCUGUAAACUGAAGGCCCAUGUCCGACUCUGUCACGGUGGGAAACCCUAUAUCUGCCCUGUUUGUAGCAAGACCUUCAAACACAAAGGUGGUCUCCCCAGGCACAUGAGGAUUCACAAAGGAGAGAAACCUUUUAGCUGUGGUGACUGUGGGAAAAGCUUCAAUCUGAAGAUGAGCCUAACUGAACAUUUACUGAUUCACACAGGAGAGAAACUAUAUAGCUGUGGUGACUGUGGGAAAAGCUUCAGUGUCAAGCAGAACCUAGCCAGGCAUAAACUGACUCACACAGGAGAGAAAUCAUUUAACUGUGGUGACUGUGGGAAAAGCUUCCGUGUCAAGCAGCACCUAACCAGGCAUAAACUGACUCACACAGGAGAGAAAUCAUUUAUCUGUGGCGACUGUGGGAAUAGCUUUAGUCGCAAAGCUUACCUAACCUUUCACAUAUUGACUCACACAGGAGAGAAACCAUUUAGUUGUAGUGACUGUGGGAAAAGCUUCCGUGUCAAGCAGCACCUAACCAGGCAUAAACUGACUCACACAGGAGAGAAAUCAUUUAACUGUGGUGACUGUGGGAAAAGCUUCAGUGUCAAGAGCUACCUAACCAGGCAUAAACUGACUCACAUGGUAGAGAAAUCAUUUAGCUGUGGUGACUGUGGGAAAAGCUUCCGUGCCAAACCCAACCUAACAGCUCAUAAACUGACUCACACGGGAGAGAAACAACAUGGCUGCUCAGUCUGUGAGAAAAGAUUCACUCGUAAGACUCAUCUGCUGAGGCAUGUAGAUUCAGUCCACAAAGGAAAGGAAGGAUGAAAACGGGUAGAAGAAAGAAAACAAGGACAGAGUGGAAAAGCUUCCUGCUUCCAAAAUAACCUAACUAUUCAUAUAAUGACUCACACAGGAGAGAAAUCAUUUAGUUAUGGUUGCUGUGGGAAGAGCUUCAAUCGCGGGGAGACCUUAACCACGCACAACUGACUCAAAUGGGAGAGAAACCCUUUCGCUAUGGUGACUGUGGGAAAAGCUUCAGUCAGAAUGGGAUAGUUUUACCAUGUUUUGAGGCUAUAUCAUAAAGUGUGUUCGUAAUUACAUUGUUUUACUCCAUGGUUUGUAAGCAAUCUUAGCAUUUUCGUAUUUUUAUUUUUUGAAUUAGAAUCAUUUAUUUACAAUACAACAUAUCUCAGACACAUUACAACAUUGUUUGUCGCUCAUCCUGGUGAAAAUAGUUUAAGGGAUAAAUACUAUUUUUUUUUAUGUAAGAAUGGACUCUACAAGGUGAAGGCUGUAUUUGUGUGUAGUCUACACUGAGUAUACCAAAGGACAUCCAGCCAACUUGCCACAACUGUGGGAAGCAUUAGAGUCAACAUGGGCCAGCAUCCCUGUGGAAAGCUUUCAGCACCUUGUAGAGUCCAUGUCCAGACGAAUUGAGGCUGUUCUGAGGGCAUAAAGGGAUU